GGUAAACAAGUCCCCAUUGAACAAAAAGAUGGAAACUUGGUCCCGAUGGAAACUUACGGCACUGGUUCACCUGAUGCUCCUGGCAAAUUCCAGGGGUUUCGUAUGCCACACGGAAGACGCUAGCCGACUGGUUUGCGAGCGCCUGGGUUCGUCGGCGCUGGAAGCAUGGGCGGCAGAGAACAAUGCGACCUUGGAGAUGGUCGAAAAGGUUAGCAUCCAAAAUACAAACUUUACCGAUCCAAGUCUACUCCGGAACUUUGACAAUCUGAAGGUGCUGGAAAUUAAAAGGUCUGAGUUACACAGUGUUCAGGUGAAUAGGGAGUUGCUGACGGAGGUGGUGAUCGAGUGUUGCGUAGCGGACGAGGGAGUUUUUGAUGCGUUUUCCGAAACGCCCCUGGAAACGCUACAAAUUACUCAUAGCGAACUGAGAUCUUCCCCUAAACUCUCGGCGACACUCUCCCGAUUGGAUUUGCACGGUAAUGAUCUAGAAAAUCUUCACGUGCUAAACGCCCCACGACUGAAGUACCUGGAUUUACACGAUAACAAACUCAGGGAGUUGCAAAAUGGCGCUCUUCAUCCACUUGGAUCAUUGGAGACGCUGCAUCUGCAACGUAAUAAGUUGGUCAAGCUCGAAGAUGACACCUUCAAAGGGCUGGAGCAUUUGAAGGAGCUCAAUUUGAAUAAAAAUUCGCUGACGUCGUUGCCUCAAUUUGUUUUUGAGGGGCUAGCGGCUCUCGCCUCCCUGGAUUUAAGCGAGAAUGAUCUCGAGGACCUGGGGAAUCUGUCGUUGCGCAACACCAGCUUGAGAUCAUUGCGCUUGUCCAAAAAUAAAAUUGCUCAAUUGCAGGGGGCAGCCUUUCGGGACAUUCUGGAAGUGGAGGAGAUCAAUUUGGAAGACAACUUUCUGUUGGAGCUCAGUGGUGACCUUUUCAAUGGGUUGCGCAGGCUUAAGAAUCUUAACUUGAACAAUAAUCGCAUCCAUACGUUGCCGGAGGAAAUUUUCAGGGAGAACGGGUUGUUGAGCAGCCUCGAGGUCUCCCACAACAGAAUUAAGUUUGUAACGAGCACACUCUUGAGAGGCCUCCACAAUUUGCAGGUCCUCAACUUGCAAAGCAACGUCAUAGCGAAUAUUGAGCUCAACGCUUUUAAAGACGUGGAAAACGUAUCUCUCUUGAAACUGAGCCACAAUUUCAUUCGCAACUUUGACACCCACCUCUUCAUGGGCUUGCACAAUCUAAAAGAAUUGUCUCUCAGCUUCAACAACGUAACAGACUUGGAAACGGGAAUAUUCAAGGACAUCAAGGAGGUAUCCAUCUUGAAGUUGAGAUUCAACAACUUGCGCGUCAUCGAGUCGGACUACUUCAAGGAAUUACACAGUCUCUCAGAGCUGUUCCUGCAACACAACCAAAUUUCGCGCAUAUCCCCGGGUAGCUUCCGCGAUCUAAACCUGCUAGGCUCCCUUUUCCUCUCGCACAACAACCUGACAACGCUUCCAAGUGGGCUCUUCGACGGCCUAGGCUCGCUCACCUACCUCGAUCUCGACAACAACCUCCUCUCCGCACUCGACAGCGACACCUUUCGGGAGCUGCACAGUCUCAACUACCUCUUCCUAUCCAACAAUCAGCUCACCGAUUUACCCGAAGACUGUUUCCGUGGACUCUCCAACUUGAAAAACCUAGAGCUGCACAAGAAUAAGCUGACAGUUUUACGCAACACCACCUUCCUCCACCUCCACGCCCUGGAGAAGCUCAACGUGAUGGAGAACCACAUUGAGUGCAUCGAACUGGCAGCGCUCAGUCACCUGAUCAACUUGGAAACCGUGGUCCUUCAUCAGAACAGCUUGAGAAGCCUAAACCUAGACCUGUUCUCCACCGUAAAGUACCUCGACGCCAGCGACAACGAUCUGCGAUGCAUUCGCAGUAGCGCGCCCUCCUCCCUCCAAUUCCUCUCGCUGAGCAAAAACAAACUCGGCCAACUAGCGGGAGAAUUCGCCAACCUCGCGGCUUUAGCGCACCUCGACCUCUCCUACAACAACAUCAGCGACAUCUCGACCGAUCUCCUGCGCCCGCUCCGUAAACUCACCAACCUCAACUUGGGCGGCAAUCACUUCGAGGUUUUCGACGCGAAGACCCUCCCGAACGUUCCCGGCCUGCAGGUGCUCUCGCUCGACAACAGCAGCGUUUCGAGCGUCGAGCCGGACGCGUUUGUCGGCAUCGCGAAUUUGACACAGCUCGACUUGAGUAACAACAAAAUUAGAAGGUUCGACUUUGAUCGGCUUGAAUUUUUGCGUAUACUGGAUUUGAGUCAUAAUCUCCUCGCGGAGGUCGAAGUGAACGAUUUGCACAAGAUGAAGUCGCUUGAAAGGGUCCACCUUGAUGGCAAUAACUUGGAUGAAGACGUUCUGGAGAAGAUUAGGGACGCGCUUUCGCGAGGAGAUGCCGAUGCUCAGUGUAAUAAACACGGUUAAUUGUAAAUAUUGCAUGUAAUUGUAUGGACCAAUACAUUUUUUGAUUUUGA